CGGUAGCGGUUACUUCUGAUUUUCAGAAAAUGUGAACAUUUGUGAUAACACGUGAAUUCAAAGUCGGCACUGGAAAUAAUUGAUCUGUCCAUUGGUAUUAAAACAAGCCACUCUCUUAUUAUUGUCAAGUGGGAAUGUUUUCAUUAGGAACUGUGAUUUGAAUUAUUUAAACAGAUUAAUAAAUUUGUAACGAUUAUCACAAUGUCAAUAAAGGAAUAUAUUCGUAGGAGGAUUGUUGAACAUUUGAGCGCCUCGUUUAAAAAAGAUGUUCACCUCUCACUGCAAUUUUCAUCGAAGAUAAAUGAUGUAAAAUCUGACAGCGCAGAUAUUUAUUUGGAUGUGUCUGAACUGCAGGAUUUCCCUUCAACAAGAAUCCUGGAUAUGAAAAAGGAUGACAUAAUUCAAAAAGUCCAUGAGAAAGAAGGGAGGAUUUUCUUCUCUGUGAGAAAAUCUGAGAUCGUCAAAGAAUGCCUAUUUCCACAAUUCAAUUCUGAAAAUGUUUUGAAAAAAAGAAAUAUUUUAGUGGAAUACAGUUCUCCAAAUAUAGCUAAACCUUUUCAUUUUGGCCAUUUGAGAUCAACUAUUGUAGGACAUUUUGUAUCAAAUAUACUCUCAAGGGAUAAUAAAAUUACAAGAAUCAAUUACUUGGGAGAUUGGGGAACACAAAUCGGUUUUGUCAAGCUUGGACUGGAAAAAGACAACAAGCAAGAUUUUUCUUCCAAUCCAAUAAAAGCUAUGUACGAUGCUUAUGUGGAGGCUUGCACCAGUCAUAAUUCAACUGAGGAAGCCAAAGAAAUUUUCACCAAAUUGGAAAACGGCGAUGAGAAAGAAAAUCAAGAGUGGAAGUACAUGAGGGACGAGGCUAUAAAACAUUUAGUAGAAACUUAUCAAACCUUGGGGAUUUCCUUUGACGAAUUCUCUUGUGAAUCUGACUACAAAGCAUCAUCGGUUAAGGAGCUAUUUAACACUCUCCUUGAAAAGAAAAAAGUCGCCUUUGAGAAUGGUCAACUUGGUAUGCAUCUUAAUGGACAGUUUGUACCUUUGAUGAGACAGAACAAUACUACUCUGUAUCUCAGUAGAGAUGUAGCAGCAGCUCUAGAUAGAUUUGAAAAAUACGGAUGUGACAAAAUUCUCUACGUUGUUGAUAAAAGCCAAAGUAAUCAUAUGGACAAUCUGAAAGAAGCCAUUUGUAACAUUUCAGGAUUAAACAUUAUUGAGCAUGUCCCUUUUGGAAGGGUCGUGGGAAUGAGCACUAGAAAAGGAACGAGUAUAUUUUUAGAAGAUAUAUUGGAUAAAGUUUGUAUAAAAAUGGCUGAGCAGCAAAAAAAUUCAUUAAAUACAAAAACAUCAGAUCCUGAUACGACUCGGAUACUAGGACUUUCUGCACUUUCUGUGAACAUUUUAAGACAUAACAGGCUACGUGACUUCAAGUUUAAUUGGGACACUGCAAUGCAAGGUACAGGAGAUUCUGGCAUCAAAAUCCAAUAUACGCAUUGUCGGUUGAAAAGCCUGGAGGAAAAGUUUGACGACCGAGUUGUGGAUAAAUGUGAUCCAUCUCUAUUAAAUGAAGAUAUUGCUGUUGAAUUGGCUUUAGUUUUAUUUGAGUUUGAUGAUGUAUUACUACAUACAAGCAAAGAUCUUGAAUCUUCUUACCUAGUGCAAUAUCUUUUUAGGGUAUGCAAUUUAUGCGCAAAAGCGCUGACACAGUUGUUUGUGAAGGAUCAGCCUGUAGAAAUCGGAAACCAAAGGCUAUUACUUUUUCGUAAAGUUCGUGAAACGUUAUACAUAUCCAUGCAAUUACUAGGGCUAAAACCAUUGGACAGAAUGUAAAUAAACAUUUUAUUGUACGUGUUA